AUGAGCCAUAUUGCACAGCUCUGGCACUGCUUUGAAGGACACAGCAGCAAUGCAGCACCAUGUGUCCAGAAUGCAGCACUGGUUGUCAGCCAGCCUACAAUUUUAAUGCCUAAAAAUUACCAGCAUGUUCUUGCCUUCAUCUUUGCAAUUCAAGAGAUCAACAGGAAUGACCAUCUCUUACCCAAUAUCACACUGGGAUUCGAAAUCUAUGACAAUGCUUUCAAUCCACUGAGAGCCGUUUGGAACACUCUGCAGUUCCUCUUCACAGGGCAGGGGAAUCCCUUGAAUUACAACUGUGACGGGAAGCAGCAGCUAGUCCUUGCCAUUGGUGGGCUCACCUCCCCAAAUUCCAUACAGAUGGCCAGUGUCUUCAAUACCUACAAGAUCCCACAGCUUCAUGCUUUUCUGAGCAAUAUCCAUUUCAAUAAUAGUGCUGGGGAAGAAAUCUUUUUUGAUGAGGAAGGGAGCCUGCCAACUGGAUACGAUAUCAUCAACUUGGUCACAUUCCCCAAUGACACCUUCCAGAAAGUCCAAACUGGAAGGAUGGAUCCCCUGGCUCGUGAAGGAAAAAGGUUCACCAUGAAUGCAAGUGCUACUGUAUGGAACCACAAGUUUAAAGAGAUGCAGCCCCGUUCCCGGUGUGUUGAGAGCUGCCAUCCUGGAUCCAGCAGGAUUGCCCAGCAGGGAAGACAAGUUUGUUGCUAUGAUUGUGCUCAGUGUCCUGCGGGGAGGAUUUCAACACAGAUCGAUGCAGACCAGUGUGAGAUGUGCCCAGAAGAUCAAUGUCCAAAUGAGAAACAGGAUCAAUGCAUCGCAAAAACGAUGACCUAUUUAUCCUAUGGAGAACCAUUGGGAGCGGUUUUGAUUUCUUUUGCUCUUUUGUUUUCCCUGAUCACCUUUGCUGUGAUUGGGAUCUUUGUUCAGCUCCGCAAAACUCCCAUUGUGAAAGCCAAUAACUGGAGCAUUACCUGUACGCUACUCUUAUCUCUGCUGCUUUGCUUUCUCUGCUCCUUCCUAUUCAUUGGUCAGCCUAGGAAGGUGUUCUGCCUCCUCAGACAAACCGUGUUUGGCAUCACCUUUACUGUUGCUCUUUCUUCUGUGUUGGCCAAAACCAUCACUGUUGUUCUGGCCUUCCUGGCCACCAAGCCGGGAAACAGGAUGAGGAGAUGGAUAGGGAAGAGGCUGGCAGUAUCAGUCAUCAUUCUCUGUUCACUUAUUCAAAUUGGCAUCUGUGCUGUGUGGCUGGCAAACACUCCCCCUUUCCCAGAGUUUGACAUGCACUCUCAGAUCAGUGAGAUCAUUGUGCAAUGCAAUGAAGGCUCAAACACCAUGUUCUACAUCAUCCUGGGCUACAUGGGUUUUCUGGCCAUCAUCAGCUUCACUGUGGCCUUCCAUGCUAGAAAGUUACCAGAUAGCUUUAAUGAAGCCAAGCUGAUCACCUUCAGCAUGCUGGUCUUCUGCACUGUUUGGAUUACUUUUGUCCCAAGCUACUUGAGCACCAAGGGGAAAUACAUGGUGGCAGUGGAGGUCUUCUCCAUCAUGGCCUCUAGUGGUGGACUGUUGAGUUGUAUCUUCCUCCCCAAAUGCUACAUUAUUAUUCUUAGACCUGAUCUGAACACCAGAGAGCAA